UCAGAAAUCACCAUUAUAUUUGUUUUCUUUGCAGGUGAAUUUUAUACUUUUCAUUAGUAUUAUAAGAAUCUUACUGCAGAAGUUAAGAUCUCCAGAUGUUGGAGGAAAUGACCAGUCACAGUACAAGAGACUUGCAAAAUCCACGUUGUUGCUUAUUCCGUUAUUUGGAGUUCAUUACACAGUGUUUGCUCUAUUUCCUGACCGCAGUUCCAAUAAUUAUAAAAUAAUCUUUGAGUUGUGUUUGGGAUCUUUUCAGGGGUUGAUUGUUGCAGUCCUGUAUUGUUUUUUGAACAGUGAAGUGCAAGGGGAGCUGAAAAGAAAAUGGCGGAGUUUGUGCUGGAAGCAGACAGCAGGCAGAGACUAUAGACUCCACAGCUCUUCAAUUUCUCGAAAUGGAUCAGAAAGCAUUUCUCAGCUCCACCGGAAUUCAAGGGCUCAGUCAUUUAUGCAGACAGAGACCACCAUGAUAUAAAUCAGCUAGGUCCCCCAAAACAUGAAAAACUGUGGGAUAUAUCAUUCAUUAUGCAGCUUGAUGUGAUAUUUUAUAAGAAGUACAGUUUAGUUCUUUGCUUUUCUACAUGUUGGUAUUUGAGAAAUUGGUUUGUGCAACCAACCAGUUAAUAACAGAGACACCUGGCCCAUGGAUACUUUCUGUUUGGUUGUGGUUUUUUUUCAAAUGAUAUUCAUAUUAAUUCUGAUGUUCUCUUGCUGUUUACUAGCUGUAACUAUUCAAAAACUCAUAUACUAUAAUGGUCCCUUUACCCUCCAACAUGUCUGCAAGAUAGAUGUAUGGUAUACUGUUCAAUGUAGACUUCUUUGGUGCACGUUGAAAAGGUUAAGAUGGGAAGUGAGAAAAAUUCUUACACUUUAUUUAUACUUAAGGAAACAUUUCUUUCCUUAAGGAUUAGGAAAUUCUUUCCUAAUUAUGGAAAACAAAAUAAAAAUAAAGAAAUGUAAGACUAUAAUUAACCGCACUGGGACUUUAGUGUGCUAAUCCAGGAAAUCAUUAACAUUAUUUAUACAGAGG